ACAGUGAAUGUUUAUUUGGUCCACAACUGGGGACAGUAGAAAGGACACCAGCUUGGAAUCAGUUCGAACCUGUGUCUGCUGCACAGCUGAAUCCCGGGGAAAGUCUUUUAGUGUAGCAUGGCAGAAAGAACAAUGCAUAUGCCCACACAAAUAUCUGCUGAUGGAGAUACACAAAAAGAAAAUAAUAUUCGUUGUUUAACUACGAUUGGACAUUUUGGUUUUGAAUGUUUGCCCAAUCAGUUGGUGAACAGAUCUAUCCGACAAGGAUUCACUUUUAAUAUUCUCUGUGUGGGGGAAACUGGAAUUGGAAAAUCAACACUGAUUGACACAUUGUUUAAUACUAACUUGAAAGAUAACAAAUCCUCACAUUUUUACUCAAAUGUUGGACUUCAAAUUCAGACAUAUGAGCUUCAGGAAAGCAAUGUUCAGUUGAAAUUGACUGUUGUGGAGACAGUGGGAUAUGGUGAUCAAAUAGACAAAGAAGCCAGCUACCAACCAAUAGUUGACUACAUAGAUGCCCAAUUUGAGGCCUAUCUUCAAGAAGAACUGAAGAUUAAACGUUCCUUGUUUGAGUACCAUGAUUCUCGCAUCCACGUGUGUCUUUACUUCAUUUCACCUACAGGACAUUCCCUGAAGUCUCUUGAUCUAUUAACAAUGAAGAACCUUGACAGUAAGGUGAACAUUAUACCACUGAUUGCCAAAGCAGACACAAUUUCUAAAAAUGAUUUACAGACGUUUAAGAGUAAGAUAAUGAGUGAAUUGAUUAGCAAUGGCAUCCAGAUAUAUCAGCUCCCAGCAGAUGAAGAAACUGCUGCUCAGGCAAACUCUUCAAUUAAUGCGCUGUUACCCUUUGCUGUGGUGGGGAGUAUGGAUGAAGUGAAAGUUGGAAAAAGGAUGGUCAGAGGCCGUCACUACCCUUGGGGAGUUUUGCAAGUGGAAAAUGAAAAUCACUGUGACUUCGUGAAGCUCCGAGAUAUGCUUCUUUGUACUAAUAUGGAAAAUCUAAAAGAAAAAACCCACACUCAGCACUAUGAGUGUUAUAGGUACCAAACACUGCAGAAAAUGGGCUUUACAGAUGUGGGCCCAGACAACCAGCCAGUUAG